GUUUCUACCAGGACUACACUGGAAGAUUUGGGGCGCUGCUUUGAUCCUAUGUCCAUUCCCUGGGCUGACCUUCGAGGAUAUGGUCUCAUCAACCGAAUCAUGCAGUGCAGGAGACCCAAGCCUACUGCUGGACGGGUUCUACAGUACACCCGGCAACAGGUUUCUGCCUUCCGUGAGAACAUGGGGCUGGAGGUCUGUGUUUUCAAGAUUGGUGUGACUUCCAACCCUAUCAUCAGAUACACAGACUACAGGUGUAAAAACUACACUGCCAUGUGGGUGAUAUAUGAGAGUCAGUCCGUUCCUGAGACCCACAUGUUGGAAGCAGCUUUGAUUUCAGAAUUCCAAGCUUACACUGGCUGCCGGAACAAACCUGGAUCUGGUGGAGAAGGUGCCCUCAACAAGGGUGGUUCAAAUGGCCCCUUUUACACCUAUGUUGCAGGCGGCCGUGCUGACCAAAAUAGGCCCCCUGCAACCACGCUGUCGAGCACGCGAAGGCUGCUGUGUGCGGAGGAACCAGUUCACAACAUUUUCCGGAAGUACCACCUGACCAUCCCGAUAGAACCUGAGGUCCUAAACCUCGGGAAAGGUGAGCUGAAGAGGUUUCCAUACAUUCCUUUUUCACGAUGGGUGCGAUACUUGAUGGAUGUUGGCCUCGCAUCGAAGCAUCUAUGCGGGGUACCCGAGGGUGAGAUGAGAGCACUUCUUCUUGAAUUCUGGUCAAGAUACAAGGCCAUACAUGGCGAACAUCAAAUGUUUGCUAUGGAGGGCCUGGACCUCGGGAGUUGCAUACCUUGCUAUUCGCAUGUCGAUGAGGGGCGGGCGUACAAGAAGCAGGGCAUCCUUUUGCUGAGUGUUCACGGGUGCUUGGGGCGUGGGACACGAGCUUGGAGGAAGCGUGUUGGCUUCGGCGUUCGAAAGCAGAACCUGAAACGCUCCGGAAUGGGUUUGAACUAUGUUGGCUCUUCAUGGGGCACCCAGUUUCUCUUCUGCUGCCUACAUCGGCAAGCCUACAGCAAGGACCCCACCCCACUGGACACCGUGAUGUCAACCUUUGCUGCUGAUAUGGCUUCGCUUGCGACGAUUCCGUUUGAAGAUUUUUCUCGCACAGCGUUGUGGCAUGCCACCUACCUCACAGAGCUCCCCUACGACAGCCUCCCACCCGUGCUGGCUGGCUUGCCCUGGGGACCUCCGGAACAAGGGCCCUGGUUCUUCAAACACGAUUUCUGGCAUAACUGGCACAACGGCGUAGCCAAAGUUUUCUUGGCAUCAUCUUUCGUUGUUAUCAACAUGGCUGGCGUGCUGGAGGGGAGAUCCAUUGAUGCAAGGUUCGAGGUGCUGUCUACAGAUUACAAGGAUUUCUGUCGGCGACACCGCAUCAGCCCUUUUUUGAAAGAGCUGAAUCGUGACACGUUUGGCAUGGAUACGGCUCAAGUCUUCCCGAAUGGGACUUGGAACAAAGCUGUGGUUACGGCCACUCGCCUCAUGAAUGUGGUGAUCUCCGUCUUCUACUCUGAAGGUUUUUGGAUUCCCAAGGUGGUUUUGGGUGCGUGGGGUGAAGGGGCAGCCAUCUUAGAGACUCCUGAUGAACGCACGGGCAGGUACCUGAGACACGGAGCAUCCCUCUGUUUCACGAAGCCUGCACGUGAGGAUGCGGUGAUUGGCUUUUGGACAGAAUACCUUAGCACUGCAGCGCCUCCGGACGGCCUCGGGAACCCGGAUGUGCUUAUCGUGGAUGCUGCCUCUGCAAACUGGAUGGCUACAGAGGACGACGAGGAAGAUGUGCUGGACGCUCUGCAGAGCUUGGAGGCACCAAGCAAGAAGAUGGUUCUGGUACCCAUCAGCGACCGCACGGACCGAGGCGAGAGCCUGUAUCAGGGAAAUCACUGGGCGCUGCUUGCGCUGACUCGCGAUGGGGAGGAGACGUGCGGCUCGUACUAUGAUUCCAUGGGCAGCAGCAACCUGGACCAAGCGAAGCUCCUGGGCAAGCGGAUAGCACAGGGCAUGGGCGGAAGGUUUCGAGGCGUUCGACAGCUAGAAGCUGGCAAGGGAACGCCUGCGACUGCGGGGUUUUUAGUUUGCUCUUUGCUGAAGCUUUGGCGCGGGGGUCCAACCCUGCAGAUGUUUCCCAGAGCCAAGCUACCGCCAUGCGCUCUCGAAUGCGCGAGACCAUUCUGA